AUGCUCCCACAACUCUUGGAAUUAGAUAAUGCUUAUUAUCCAAACAAAACAGUUGCAGCACAUAAUUUACACAGAGAAGUUAGACAGUGGUCCGCAAAAGACAACGAUCUCAUAGCUGCAGCACAACGGAUGGCUAAACUUAUGGCUCGGUUAUCUGAACUUGUCCAUAACGAUGAUAAAGGUUCUAAGAGGGAGUUAAUAGCCACAGCCAAAGCUAUCGCCGAUGCCAGUGCCGAUGUAACACGCAUCGCUAAACAACUUGCAAGAGAAUGCACUGACAAGAGGAUCAGAACUAACUUACUGCAAGUUUGUGAGCGAAUACCUACAAUCGCUACUCAGUUGAAGAUUCUUAGCACAGUAAAAGCUACUAUGUUGGGAUCUCAAGGUAAUGAUUCAAUAUUUUUUAUUCACUUUGUAGGAAACGGUAAUUCUCCACAACAGCAACGAUAUCAAACUCAACAAUCAUCAGUUCCAUCACAACAGCAAUUAUCUCCCGCACCAGUAUCACAGCCUUCUGUACCACCAAUUAUAUCCAAUGUCUUCCACCAUCGGGAUUACCGUCAAAAUCGGAUAUCCUUACUUCAUCCAGAAUAUGGACCUGGAGCUCGUCUUAGGAAUCAUUCAUCUCUUAUUCAACAAUCGUCUUCAGGGGUGGUAUGUGUUGAUGGGAGUGUUGGAAGCGGACAUGGAGGAUAUACGGGUAGCCAACAACCGUUAAAAAAGAUGAGACUUCAAGACAAAGAUGGUAUUAAUCAACCAUUGAGAAUUGAUACUAGGGAAACAAGAAAAUCAGGAAAGGUAAAAUACAAUUUUGAAAGGUAUACCCAAAAAGAGCAUUUUUUUACAACGGAUGGAAAUCAAGAAGACGACAUUACAAAUUUUUCCCAACCCGGUUCUAGUUCUAGUGCUACUAGUAAUCAAUAUAUUCAUAUUCGACCACAUGAACCUAUUUUGGAGACUACAGAAUCAGUGCUAGACCACUUAGUAUUACCUGUUUCAAAAGUAUUAGAAGAUGAAGAAGCAACCACCAGUUACUCGGGUAAGGCAUAUUUAAAUUACGGAAAUAUAGCGGCGCCUUUACAAGUGGUAACUAAAACAGGACAAUGGCAAAUUUUUUUAUUUCUUUUCGGAUCCAAAACAGAAAUGAUUCUAGAAAUAUAG